UUUAGAAUUGCAACAAAUAUUAGUGUAAUCUGGCUGUCUUUCUAACUAUGCAAUCGAUUAAAAUACACCACUAUUGCCGAGUCAAACAUAAACAGCUUCGGUCCAUUGCUAGGUUUACGUUAUGCGACAACUUGAAGUGUAUGCGAAAGGACAGAAUAACAAAACGUAGCUAGCUAGCUACUCACCAACAUUUCUUAGCUGUCAAUAGGAUUGACAGAGGUGGUAGUGAAUGCAGUAGAGUCCCAGUCUAGGUAUGGAGCAGUGUGCGUGUGUGGAGCGGGAGCUGGAGAAGGUGCUCCACAGGUUCGUCAUGUACGGACACCAGUCAGAGGAACGGCUGGACGAACUACUACGCAGCGUCUGUGAGCUACGGGGACAGCUGGUUACAUUCGGGGUACGAGAUGCCGAUCUGACGGUGCUGUCUCAGACCAUGGCCCAGUGUUGUAAGAACAUUAAAGAAACCGUACAGCUGCUGGCCUCCAGACACAAGGACAUCCACGGCAGUGUCUCCAAAGUGGGCAAAGCUAUCGACAGGAACUUUGAUGCAGAGGUGAGUGCAGUGGUGGCAGAGACAGUGUGGGACUCACCUGAGAGACAGAAGUACCUGAGUGAGACCAUUGUGGAACACCUGUACAGACAAGGCAUGCUGAGUGUGGCAGAGGACCUAUGUCAGGAGUCUGGAGUAGUGAUUGACAUGAGCAUGAAGCAGCCAUUUUUGGAACUCAACAGGAUCCUGGAGGCCUUGAGGAUGCAGGACCUCAGACCAGCACUAGAGUAUGUACUGUACCUCCUCUCUGUUAUAUACUGACCUCAGACCAGCACU